AUAACCACAGCUGCUUUAUGAUCAGCCAUUGAAAAUCGUACAUCCAUACUCUGUAAGAACCAAUAGAACAAAUUGUGUAGCCUCGCCAAUCUCCGCCUUGGAAAAGCUCAUCACAGGACACAGUCAAUCCAUACUACAGGGCUCAACCGAAGACACCGUCAUGAACGACCAAAACAAUAUAUUUACCCGCGACGAACCUCUCUCCGAGCAAGAACGCACGAUCUUAGCCAAAUACGCCACCGAACCGCUCUAUCGUCACAGCAUGAAUAAGGCACGCAAGUCUAAAAUCCAACGGAAGUAUUUUGACUCCCCCAAAUGGGUCUUGAAUUCCGGCCACCAAGAACUGGACCAGGGCGCCGACCAAGCCGGGAGCCCCCUCUCAUUGCGCCAGGAUACAUCCAGACCGUAUGCUCCUGUCCCUGAGGGUAGUAAUGUGGGCGAUGGUGCCAAUCAAGAGCAAGGGCAAAAUCGCUCGCUAGGGUAUGAGAUGACUAGUAGUCCUUUGUGAAGAGGAAAUGACUUUGAUUUUGUUAAUUCGAUAAUCCACGGUGAGGGAUACAGGUUUUGUGGAGAUCGGGGGGAGUAAGUGGAAUAGACUGGGGGUGUGGUUGAUGUAUCAGAUCGUGGACGGUCUAGAUAUUUGUUAAAUUUGGUGCUGAAGCUGGAGCUGAUUGAGUGUUCGGGUGCGGAGUAGGGGUAAAAGAGGCUGUGGAUCUCAGGCAUACGUGUCACAGAUGGCAUAGUUCGAAGACGCUCGUGUCUAUGCAAUAGCCACACUCAGAUUUGCAUUAAUGGAGAUGGUUUUUACUAUCAGGCCUUGCAGCAGAGGAUGGACACUCUUAUCAUGGG